AUGACAAAUGCUGGGGAUAUUUUUGGCAUUAACUUUCUGAAAGGAUUGGUGGAGACGGGUCAUGCAAUUCUAGCAGAAAUAUUUCGCUUAGCGGACUGUAUUCCAAAUGAUUUUAAAGAUCCUUCACGAAGUCGAUUCAAACCAUUUCUUGUUGAUUUCGUAUACUUUGAAGAUCUUUCCGUCAUAGAUCGCUUUAUUGAUUCAACUGAGAACGGUGCACAGCUAGAAGAUGAAUAUUUGUUUACAUUUGAGAAAGACAUUAAACGUUUCGGCGCUCUUUUUGAUGCUAUUGCACAUUUUUUGGCCGAUUUCAUUGAGUAUGCGGAUGAUAAACGAUCUGGUAAUGUUUUGUCAAUGCGUCGAACUGCUGCUUUUCUGGUAUUAUGUCAAUAUGAGGCAGAAGCCCUCUACAUCGUUGGUGUAAUUUUGUUGGCUUUAGAAGAGAAAUUUACGAGUGAAGUAAAACAACGAUUGUUCGUCGCGCAUUACAGAAGCAACCCUUCAAGCAAUGAACGGUUUGAUCUUGUAGUAGAUAUUUUUAAAACAGCUAGAAACCGAGAAGAGCUUUUUCGGCGAAUACCUCUGAAUAAGACUUUCAUCAACAACGUAGUUUUAGUAUUACAUACAGAUGUUUUAUUUGCUGAUGAAGAUGAAUUUGCAAUAUGUGAACUUUAUCCGCGUGGUAUUCGAGCUUCACGCUAUCAGCGAGCAUUUCUUUCUGUUUGCCUUUUCUUUGUGCCUUCACUACUACAUUCUGAUUAUAUUGUUAUGCGUCAUAUUAUUGACACUUUCUUCACAGAUGAAUGGGUGGUUCAUUUGCACAUGGGAAUGGUAAUGAAUGUGAUAGACGCCUGGGAUCGUUAUAAGGCAGCAAGUAAUGCCUUACAAAAUGUAAUUAAUGCGCAAGCAGUGAAACAAAUAUCUGCAAAUCACAUAUGUGCAUUGAAAGCGACAACUUACCCUUUCGUAACAAAAUUUUCAAUAUUUGAUGUCAUAUCAUUUGCUGACUCAGUAACAGUAUCAAACAAACAUUUGGAAUGGUUAAUGUUACAUUCUUAUCGACCUAGUACCUUAAAAUAUUGCAAGCGUGCUGCGCAACUCUAUGAUAUUGUAAAUAAUCAAUUAUUAUCAUGUUCUCUUGAUCUCUUCAAAAAACUGCUUGAGUUUUCAGUUUUCGAAUACGGUUAUAAAGAGAUCAUUCAUUCACUUCUUGACUGCAAAGAUAUGGAUGUAUUGAAAAUGAAGGAAGAAUUAUGCCAAAAUAUUAUUCAAAUGGCUGAACUCUUCAGAAGUGAAUUACCUUUGCAAAGAAUUAAAAGAAAUGAUAAAUUAAGUUCAUGGCUUUUGCUUUUGAAGAAGAAUAUUGAAGAACUAGAGGUGUCUAGUCCAGAUGUUCUUUCUAUAAUUUCAGAUUUUAAAAACCGAUUGGAACAGGUGAGCGACAUGCAUGAUCUUUCUGGAAUAGUUGCUGUUUCUCAAUACCUACAAAGUAUUCAAGCUUUGUUAACUAAGUUUUCGCAUUACUGUAUGUUAGAUGAAGCGUUUUUGAAAAAGGUGGAAUUGGCUACAAAUUUUUCAUAUGGAUGGGCGAUUAUUGACCAGUCGCUAAUUAUUAAAAGAAUGUCUAACUGCAGAUGGGCAGAAAACAUGGAAAAUAUGGUGAAAAUUGAUCCACUCCCAAUACGUUCGUUAUUCGUUAAAUUAGCUGAGUCAAUAAAAUUAACAUUGGAGCGUUUGGAAACGCCAGAGAGAGUGUCAUCCAUAUCGAUGUGUUAUUCACGUUUAAUUGAAAUAAAAUUGCGAAAGAUUCUUCAGGCUGUGCCACGUUCAUUGUUCGCGUUACUUGAUAAAGUGGUCUAUUUAUUAAAUCCCCCUCAAAAAUGCUUCAUUAACAAAACCGAUGUUCGCCAAUUCGCUGAUUCAGAUCGUCGUCAGCAACUUGCUGCUACAACUCAUGCAAUUUCAAUGCUUUCUUCUGGUAUAUCAACGAUGCAGCUAACAACACUUGGAUCACUUCGAGUGGAUCCGUCCAGUCUUCUUCUAGAUGGAAUCAGGAAAGAAUUAGUUGAUCGAAUUUGUACCACCUUACAUUCACAGUCAGCAUCCGACUUACUUUUGAUCGAUUUUUUGAUGAAUCUAAAGAAUCAGUUCGCUCAUUUACGUGGAGCUUUUAUUUAUAUGUGUGAACACAUUGCUCUUAAUGGGGCUGUAAUUUGGCAUAAUGAACUAGCUCGUGUUAUCGGUUAUAUGCUUGAAAAAGAAUGUAACGCCUUUUUAAGACAUCCAAUCAGUGAAGAUGAAAGCUUAUAUCAAUCAAAAUCAGCUCCAAUCCCCAACAUCCCAUCACUUGACGGAUCAUUGACUCCUCUACACUGCCUAUAUAUUCGGAUUAUGAAUGCCUCCGAUCCAAAGCAAGAAACUUUGUCCUGUUAUUUUGUGAAUUCGAUGAGAAUAUGGUGCGAUCUGAAGAAUAAAAAGACUGUAUUAUCAAAAGAAUCUUUGAAUACUGUUCAGGAAGCUCUUUCACCUCUUGCUCUACACGCCUUAGAUCGGAUUGCAUCGUUUUAUAUUGUUAAAUAUUUGUGUGAACUUUGUCAAUAUUUAUCUCAAAUGAUAUGUCCUACAAUUUCCUCUCUGCUGGAUGAUAUUGUUAAAGCAGAAACUGUUGUGGUUUCUGCAAGAUUGAAAGUUUUUGACAACGCUUUAGCAAAAUUUUUACCAAAUUCCUCACGACUUAUUGGUAUUGUCAGCAAAGCAUGUUUUACUUUUAUAAAAUCUAAUUUUUCCUUCAAGCUGAUACUGAAAAAAUUUGGUGUGAAAAGAUGUUAUUCCGACAAUUCUUUCUUAAACACAAAGUUUAUCACGCAGAACCCUUCCCUGAAUGUAGUAAUAUCAUUGUUUCAGAUUGGUCAAUUAUUGUUACUGAGACAACAAAUACUUGGUGUUAAUCAGUUGACACUACGACAACGUUCAUCGAAUGUUUUCAAUGCAGUUGCUACACUUAAUGAGUUGCUUAUUUUUGCAAGAAAAAAUUUAAUGUUAAAAGUUAUAGCAAGUUAUCUAAGUGUCAUCAAUGAUAUUCGUAAGCAUCGUGGUGAAUGUGAUACGAAUUUCUUGAACGAAUUAACAGCACUUCUGGAACGCUGCGCAAUAACAGAUCCAUUUUUGAAAAUAUAUAUACGUCGAGAAACGCCAAGAAUGCUUGUGCCUAUAAUUUUCUUGAUACUUCUAAAUGCAAUUAGCAAAUUCAAUGGUACUACACCUGAUAUUAAUUCUUGUCUCGUAUUUCUAAAAAAAACCGACUGGACCGACGCUUCAGCAUUUUGUGUUGGUCUUACUUGCAUAUUGACACAAUUUGACGUCACACACGAAUUUUUCGCUCUUUGCGGCAUAUACACAUCAACAAUAUCACUUACAACACGAGGAAGUAUCAAACAAUCCAUGUUUGUUUCUACCCUUCGAUUCAUCAUUCAAUCUUCGUCCAAACUGACAAACGUAAGGCAUCACUCAUAUUUCUUAGAGCAUAAGAUUUUCAAUGUCUUUGCUCACACAAUAUAUUUGAUCUCUUUUUAA